AUGUUGUGUGAAAGAAGCAGGAAAUACCAUCCUCCUCUAAGGAAGUUUAAAAGAGACAACACGGGUACUAGAAAAUGCGAGUGUCCAUUUAAAAUUCGUGGUUACAUGAUGGCUUGCAAGAAGUGGAAAUUUAGUGUUAUUUGUGGCUUGCAUAACCAUGACUUGUGUGCAAAAUUACAAGGUCAUUCUAGUGUAUGUCGGCUCAAUCCGGAAGAGAAGACAUGUAUUAGUGACAUGUCUUUGAAUCUUUUCCAACCGAAAAAUAUACUUGCCACAUUGAAAUGGAAGGAAUUCGACAAUGUAUCAAAUAUAAGGCAAGUGUAUAACAUCUGGUACUGCAAUAAUAAGACGAUUAGGGGAGAUAGAAGUGAGAUGCAACAAGUGUUGAAAUUGUUGGGUGAUAACAAAUACGUGUCGUGGUACAGAACUUGCGACGAUGAGUGCGGAAAAGAGAAUAAUUUUAGGUGGGCAUUAGAGUUGUGUCGGUCACUUUUGAAGGAACAAGUCGAGAUGCCUAAGGCGAUUGUUACGGACCACGAUAUCGCGUUGAUGAAUGCGUUGGCAAAGGUGAAGGUGAAGGUUGUUUGUGCAUGGACUGAUAAUGUCCGACAUCUUGGGAAUACAACCACCAACAGAGUUGAGUCGGCACAUGCUAGUAUGAAAAAUUGGUUGGUUAAUAGCAAAGGUGACUUGUGUCGAGAUUGGGAUUCUGUAAAUCUCAUGAUUGAAAACCAACACAAUGAGAUACAAACCACAUUUGGUCGGAGCAUUACGGUGUUAGAACAUCGAUUCAAGGACAACAUACUUUAUUCUCAAUUGAUCGGCAAUGUGUCUCGGGUUCGGUUGAACUAUAUUUUUGAAGAGGCCAAACGAGGUGAAGUUAUAGGUUCCGAUAGCGCAAAGUGUGGUUGUACUAUUUCUAAAAUAUUUGGUCUCCCGUGUGCGUGUGAUAUUGCUAAAAAGAUAAAACUAGGUGAGGCAAUAAGAAUGGAUGAAGUUAUCCCUCAUUGGAAAAGACUUAGUUUUGAUGAUGAUGGUUGCAUCGAAGGCAGAAAAUUGAAUAUCUCUAUUACUUCCUAA